CUCUUCCUCCAGUGACCAGUGUCUAUGCGUGUAUGUGCGCGUGCGUGUGCGUGACAGUGACACGUACCUGGGUCUCUCAGUUACUAGACCGGGCAGGAGACCUCCACCUCGGGCAGGCUGAGCAGAGAGAUCGCCCCUCUGCGUGCUGACAUCCGGAGCAUUUGGCAGCAAUGGAGACGAGGGAAGCAGCCGCAGGUGCUCUUGUGAGCAGCGAUGGGGAGGAACAGGCUGCAAAGAAUGAGGCAGCUCCUGAAAACGACCCCGAACCACCCACCAAAAGCAAGAUGGAGCAGAUCUUUGGGUUCAAGAAGGAGGACCUGACCUCCUGGCAGAGCCUGGUGACCCUGCUGAGCCGACCCACUGACCCAGCAUCCCUCGGCAUCUUCCGCUGCUUGUUUGGUUUGCUGAUGCUCAUCGACAUCACUCAGGAACGUGGCCUCAGUCACCUGGACUAUAAAUACCUGGACGGGGCCCCCGUGUGCCGCUUCCCCCUCUUCAACUUUCUACACCCCCUCCCACUGGACUGGAUGUACCUGGUGUACGUGGUGAUGUUCCUCGGCGCCCUGGGCAUCAUGCUCGGCUGUCUCUACCGUCUCUCCUGCCUGAUGUUCAUCUCAACCUACUGGUACGUCUUCUUCCUGGACAAAACCACCUGGAACAAUCACUCGUACCUUUACGGCCUCAUCGGGUUUCAGCUCACGCUCAUGGACGCAAACCGAUACUGGUCAAUCGAUGGAUUGCUGAGACCUUCUAUAAGAAACAGGCACGUGCCUCUGUGGAAUUACACUUUGUUGAGGACACAGAUAUUUUUUGUUUACUUCAUCGCUGGAAUCAAGAAAUUGGAUGCUGAUUGGGUGGAGGGAUACUCCAUGUCCUACCUGGCACAUCACUGGCUUUUUGAUCCGUUCAAAGUGAUUCUUCCUGUGGAGUUAGUGAGUCUGCUGGUGGUGCACGGAGGCGGCCUCUUUCUGGAUCUGACCGCCGGCUACCUGCUGUUUUUUGACGCCACAAGACCUUACGCCAUUACAUUCGUCUCCUACUUCCACUGUAUGAACUCUCAGCUCUUCAGCAUCGGGAUGUUUCCCUUCACAAUGCUGGCCACCAGUCCUCUCUUCUGCUAUGCCGACUGGCCCAGAAGAUUCUUCUCCCACUUCCCGGCGUUCCUCAGGGGGGUGUUGCCAUUCACCUCGCCGGAUCCUCAGCCCAGCCCCUCCUGCGUUUACCAUGAGAUCCAGAGCAUCAGUGCUGAACGCCAGGCGACCCCACCUGUUGCCAAACCUUCCAAACUGAGAUUUAAGCACAAGCUGGCAGCCAUAUUUACAAUUAUCUACAUCAUUGAACAGUUAUUCCUGCCUUACUCCCACUUCAUCACAAAGGGUUACAACAACUGGACCAAUGGCUUGUACGGCUACUCGUGGGACAUGAUGGUUCACUCCCGCAGUCACCAGCACGUUAAGAUCACAUACAGAGAUGCAAAGACUGGAGACGUCGGAUAUCUGAACCCAGGGGUUUUCACACAAAGCCGGCGGUGGAAGGACCAUGGAGACAUGCUGAAGCAGUACGCCACGUGCCUCAGUCACAAUCUGCCUCGCUACAAUAUCUCUGAUCCAGAAAUCUACUUUGACAUCUGGGUGUCCAUCAACGAACGCUUCCAGCAAAGGAUCUUUGAUCCCCGUGUGGACAUUGUGAAGGCUGAUUGGUCUCCUUUCCAGCCAAACCCGUGGCUGAUGCCUCUGCUGGUGGAUCUGUCUCCCUGGAGGACCAAGUUCCAGGAGAUCGAGGGCAGUCUGGACAAUCAGACUGAGAUCGUCUUCAUAGCCGAUUUCCCAGGUCUCCACUUGGAAAACUUUGUGAGUGAAGAUCUGGGAAACACCAGCAUCCACGUGUUGCAGGGCACGGUGAACGUUGAGAUUGUGGAGGAGAAAAGGAACAUCAGUCUGCAGCCUGGCGAGCAGACAAAGGUUCCUGCUGGAGCGUAUCACAAGGUGCACACAGUGUCUGAAGACCCUUCCUGCUACAUGUACGUCUACGUCAACACUACAGAGGCGGCGCUGCAGGAAAACUUCACCAAGCUGUUUGAGCUGCAGGAGCGUAUUCGCAACGGGACAGAAACCGAGCCUAUUCCUCCCGAGCUGCAGCCUCUUAUCUCUGCAGACGACCACGAUAUGUCGGAGGUCAACGCCACCGACCCGAUCGUGCGGCUGUUCCUGAAAAGGCAGCGUCGCAUGAAGGAGGUGAAGAAGCGCAGGGAAGCCGGCAUGUUGGAGCGGCUGGAACGUUUUGCUGUGAAAAAGUACUACACCAUACGAAGGGGAUUCUUGAUGACGGCCAUCGCUAUGAGGAACCUGGCGGUGGGCCUGCCUCCUCUGGAACAGCUGACGAGAGAAGUUGCCUUCGCCAACAUGAAAGAACCUCAGGCCGACUCCAACCAGGAUGAACGACUCAAGGACGAAAUUGGUCACGGAGAACUUUAAAGCUGCCGCUUUUACCACGGUUCCUCUGAUGGAUUGUGUGCAGGUGAUCACACAUUCCUAAGAAAUGUGUGUGUUAUUACUACUGGACUGUUACUAUUUUGAGACUCUGCUGCCCAGGACUCAAAAGAUUUUAAAAUUUUCUAUGCUUCUGGAAUAUUUGGAAUUCCAGAUCGUUUCCAUUAUUUUGUAAAAAAGCAUUUGUCUACAAAUCUGUAGUUUUGCUAAGGACACAUUUCUUUUAUAGCUGCCAUAAAACCAGUACAUGGUGACAGAUGUGCACUGCUUUGCCUUGCAGGAUUACAUUUCGUUUUCUUGGUUUUUUUGUUUAGGUUUUAUAUGAAUGCAUAAUGGCUGAAUGACAAAAAGAUAUUUGACAGUAUGUUGAGAAUUAUUUAAAAUCAAAACUCUAUGUCAGCAACAAUCUCACGUUACAUGAUCUGCAGGGAGAUCAUACUUUUACCUACAUUAAUGCUGCUUUGCUUGGAAUGAAGAUGAAGAGCAGAGGAGGGAACCUGAAGGAUGAAUGGCUGUUCACUUCAAAAUGGACGGAUUUUAAAGGACACGGAUAUGAACAGGAAUCCAGUUGUCCGGCCAAAUUAUUUACACACUACAUGUAAAGGUUCCACUUCUCAGAACGUUUAACCCUAGAAUGUGAUUUAAAAACUGAAACCAAUUGUAAGCUUGUCAGUUGGCCGCCUUUUUAUUCCCUUUUGAAAUGAAAAUCUUAUCCUGAUGUUAUUUUCAAUAAAAAUAAAAAAAAACUCA